UGUCAUUUUAGUUUGUGUUCAUUUCCCUCCCUCAUUUCUGACUCUCUGUUUACUCUCUCUGUUUAUUCUCUCUCUGCUUGCUCUCUGUUUCUCUGUAAAGGUUGUGCCUUUGGGUUUGUGACCGUACGGAAAAUGGCGACACCGAGAGAGCACAUAGAACAAAUACGCAUGAAAAAGUUCUCCAUUGGAGGGGAACUCAACCCUUUAUCUGGAGAUCUUCACCAAGCUGUCGAGCAUCUCUCUGCUGAGCUCUAUUCUAAAGAUGUCCACUUUCUCAUGGAACUCAUCCAGAAUGCAGAAGAUAAUCAGUACUUAGAGGGGGUUAAUCCAUCACUUGAGUUUGUCAUAACGUCCCGGGAUAUAACCGGCACAGGGGCUCCUGCCACAUUGCUUGUUUUCAAUAAUGAGAAGGGAUUUUCUCCUACAAACAUAGAGUCUAUUUGCGGUAUUGGACGGUCGACAAAGAAAGGCAACCGGAAUCAGGGCUAUAUUGGGGAGAAAGGAAUUGGCUUCAAGAGCGUGUUUCUGAUCACAGCUCAGCCUUACAUUUUUAGUAAUGGUUAUCAGAUAAGGUUCAGUGAAGAGCCUUGUAUGCAUUGCAAUCUUGGGUACAUUGUUCCUGAAUGGGUUGAGGAAAACCCAACUCCGUCUGACAUAAGACAGAUAUAUGGUUCUGGUUCUGCCCUUCCAACUACAACACUGAUCUUACCUCUAAAGCCUGACAAGGUCAAACCUGUGAAGCAGCAGCUCUCUAAAAUGCACCCUGAAGUUCUCUUAUUCCUUGCAAAGGUUAAGCGGCUCUCGGUUAGGGAAGUUAAUGAGGAUCCAAAGCUCAACACUGUAACCGCGAUAGCAAUAUCAAGUGAGAUUGAUUUUGAGACGCGGAAGAACAUUGAUGCUGAUUCCUACACGCUCCAUCUCUCUGCAGAAGAAAAUGGUAAUGAGUUGGAAACUGAAUGCAGCUAUUAUAUGUGGAAGCAGAAGUUUCCUGUCAAGCAAGACUGCAGAGAUGAGAAGAGAAUGGAGGUAGAUGAGUGGGUGAUCACGCUAGCAUUUCCAUAUGGAGAACGCCUUAAUAGAGGAACAAGCUCACCUGGGAUCUAUGCUUUCCUUCCCACCGAAAUGAUUACAAAUUUGCCUUUCAUAAUUCAGGCAGAUUUUCUUUUAGCAUCAUCAAGAGAAAAUAUUCUAUUGGGUAAGAAGUGGAAUCAAGGAAUUCUGAACUGUGUGCCCUCUGCAUUUAUUAAUGCAUUUCUCUCGCUCGUGAGAACUGUAGAAGAUGGGCCAGUAUCUAGUUUGCCUCCCUUUUUCAGGUUCUUACCUGUCCAGAGCUCUCACUAUUAUGAAUUGAAUGUUGUGAGGGAGUCGAUCAAAGCACAGCUGGUGGAGGAAGAUAUUGUACCAUGUGAGCCGCACAAGGAGCAGAAGUUCUUCCAUAAACCUCGUGAAGUGGGUAGGUUAUUGCCUGCUUUUUGGAAUGUUUUGAGAAAGGCAAGGGAAGUAGGGGCAAGCUUGCCGAAUCUCUCUUCCCAUGGAAAAUAUGUUUUGUGUCAUUCAUUUGACCAAGAGGAGUAUGAUCACAUUCUGAGUUUCCUUGGAGUUGAACCAGUGGAUGAUGAAUGGUAUGCUAAAUGCAUUCAGAGUUCCAAUCUGGUAGUUGGAGUGUCAGAAGAUGUGUACUUGGAACUUCUACUGUUUAUUGCUGAUAAUUGGUGGCCCAAAUUUCUCUGCACCAACAUCAAGAACAUACCACUGAUAAAAUAUGUGGAUCUUGAUGAGGAUGUAUCUUUGUGCAGCUUGAGCUCAAUGCAGACUGGUAAAAAGAAUGUUUGCCUAUCCCGUCAUUCUUGUCAUGUCUCAUGGCUGAUUGACUGGAACAGGGAAUUUAUAUCUGCGGCAAGUCUUCUUUUUAUGCCGAAAGGAACCCAGGAAGCUAUCCAGUCAUGUUCUAACAAGGACAAGUUGGUGAAAUGGCUUGCGGAAGAAAUGAAGGUUGCAGCUGUAAAUGUACAUGAAUAUGCAGUUUGCCUCUAUAAGUCUCAUGGUAUUGAACGGAAACCUGCUAUUGCAUAUGCCCACUUUUUGUAUCAUUCAGUCUGCAAGAGCUAUAUCUCUGAUCUUGAAAUUGUUGAUUUAUGUGGUAAGAUGCCACUCGUGGAUAACUAUGGGGACGUCAUCAGACAAAGGAGAGGAGUUAUUGUCCCUGCCAACGAAAGCAAAUGGGCGGGGUUUACUGAUUCGAAUCUGUGGAAAGAAGACGGCUUUGUUCAGUUAGGAGAAGAUUACAUGAAUCCAGGCCGCUUUGCAGGUCAAAUUACAGAACAGAAGCAGCUCCUUGAGUUCCUCAAAGAUCAUGCUGGAGCUUCGGAUGUCCCUUAUAUUUCUGCUCCCAAUGCCUGUCUUCCAGCUGUAUCUGCAACACUUAGUAUACAAAAGGUAUUCUUGCUUUUGGACUGGAUUCGCCAUCUGAGAUAUCAAAGGGUUCACAUCCCGGAGAAGUUCUUGAAAUGUAUAAAGGAAGGUAGUUGGUUGAAAGUUACUUUGAAGGGAUUUUCUGUGUCCAGGCCACCUUCGGAGUCAUUUGUACUUGCCCCAUCAUGGGGAAACAUUUUGCAGAAUGGAUCCGUUUUUGUUGAUAUCCCAUUGGUUGAUAAGAAUUAUUAUGGUGAGAGAAUUGAUGGUUACAAGGAGGAGCUGAAAACAAUUGGAGUGAUGUUUGAAUUUGGAGAAGCAUGUGAAUUUAUUGGGAAGCAUCUUAUGUCUCUGGCAGCUUCGUCCACUUUAACUAGAGGCAACGUACUUUCGAUACUACAUUUUAUCAAGCUCUUGAGGGACAAAUGUCUUCCCCCAGACGAUUUCAUCCGCAGUAUCAGAAAAGGACAAUGGCUUAAAACAAAAUCUCAUGGUUACAGGUCUCCUGAUGGAUCUGUCUUGUUUGACCAAGAGUGGAUAAUUGCAUCCAAAAUUAGUGACAUUCCCUUCAUUGAUCAGGAGGUAUACGGUGAAGAAAUCCUUGAUUUCAAAACAGAACUUGAGUUGCUUGGUGUGGUUGUCUCGUUCAACAAAUAUUACCAGCUUGUUGUGGACCACCUAAAGUCACCGUCAUGCUUAACUUCUCUGGCACCUGAGGCUGUUCUACUAAUGCUGCAAAUUAUGCACAUUUCAAAUUCAUCCAAUAAGAUUGUCGAAGCACUGAGAGGAAAUAAAUGCCUGAAGACAAAUAAUGGUUACAAGUCUCCAAGUGAAUGUCUCUUGUUUCACCCCGAAUGGGGUUGCCUUCUUCAGGUCUUUAGUGGUGUCCCAUUGAUUGAUCAUAAUUUGUAUGGAGACAUAAUCUUUUCCUUCAGUGAUGAGUUGAGAAGGAUAGGGGUGGUCGUUGAUUUUGAAGAGGCUGCAAAAGUAUUUGCUCACCAUUUCCGGCAGGCUUCCAUCACCAAAGAAAAUGUAGAAUCAUUACUGUCCUGUUACAGAAAGCUGGAGCGAACUCCUUUUAAAUUUCCUGCAGAUCUUAAAAGCUGCAUUUGCAAAGAAAAGUGGCUGCGUACUCGCCUUGGUGAUUAUAGAUCUCCAAGAGAGUGCAUUCUGUUUUGUUCUGACUGGGAAUCUCUCUCUCCCAUAUGCCGUCUCCCUUUUAUUGACGAUUCUGACACUUGUUAUGGCAAGAACAUUCAUGAAUAUAAGCAAGAGCUGAAGAGCUUGGGGGUCGUUGUGGAAUUCAAGGAUGGGGUCAAGUUUGUGCCUUCUUAUCUAUAUCUUCCCAAGAAUCCGAGGAGCAUUUCUCCAGAAAAUGCACUUGCUUUGCUGGACUGCAUACAUAUUUUAUUGGAGGAGAAAGAUAACUCCUUUCCUGAUGUGUUCCCCCAGAAAGUUUCUCAGGCAUGGCUGAAGACUCAUGAUGGUUACAGGCCUCCGAGCAGGUGCUUGUUGUUUGAUUCCAAGUUUGGCGAGUAUCUAACGCAGACUGAUGGCUCUUUCAUUGAUGAAGAAUUUUAUGGUUCUGAAAUUACAAAAUACAGAGAAGAGCUCUCUGCAAUAAAGGUGAUUGUUGAAGUGGACAAAGGAUGUCCCUUGAUUGCCAGCCAGCUUGCUCUUCGUGAUGAAUUGUCCACUUUUGUUCGAGUAUACAGUUACUUGAGUGAGUUUAAGUGGGAGCCGAAUAGCACGGCUGACAAAAGUAUCUGGAUUCCAAUGGGAAAUCAGAAUGGACAGUGGGUUAAUCCAGAAGAGUGUGUUUUGUAUGACAAGGAUGAGCUGUUUGGCUUGCAGUUGACUGUUCUGGAGAAAUACUUUGAGCAUAACCUACUCGGGUUCUUCUCCAGUGCUUACAAGGUAAAGUCCCGUCCAUCAACUGAUGACUACUGCAAGCUCUGGAAGGUGUGGGAAAGUUCUGAAACUGGAUUGUCUCAUGAUCAAUGUUGCAAGUUCUGGGGAAAUGUUGUUUCAAAGAACCGGAAUUUAAAAACAGAGAAAGCACUUCCUGAGGUCUCAGUCAAAGUACCUGAAAAUAAAUCAAAAACAGAGAAAGCUCUUUCUGAGGCCUUGGUGAAAGUACCUGUUACUUCAGGCUCAGAUGAAAUCUUGUUGUUAAACAAGUGCGACGUUUUCCUUCCUGAUGACCUUCAACUUAAGGAUCUUUUUGAAAAAUCUUCUACUCACCCCUUAUUUGUUUGGUACCCUCAGCCAAGCUUGCCUGAGUUGCCUCGGACUACAUUGCUUGAAAUGUAUAGGAAAAUUGGUGUUCGAGCUAUUUCUGAAUCUGUACAGAAGGAAGAACUGUCCCUAGAAAAUGCUGUUGAUCAACAGGUAAUUCCAACGGAGAAAUUGAUCGGGAAAGAGCUGCUCAAGCUGAUUCUUGGUUUUCUAGCUUGCCCUCCCAUUGAAAUGGAAGCAGGGACGAGGCAAAAAGCUGUCCAAGGUCUUCUCAGUCUCACUGUUGUAGAGACAACUGAACCGAUCACUGUAAACUAUAACUUACCAUUGUCUUCUGGGGAGAUUUUGAAUAUCAGAGCAAGCCGCAAGAUAAGAUGGGACAGAGAGAUGUCCAAAUUUUUCACUCAGAAAAUUGACAGGUCUGGGGGACAUAAAAGUAUCGUUGAGUUUGCCACAUAUUUCUCUCAAGUAAUAUCUGAUGGUGUCUUGUGGGAGCACACUGAUCAUAUCCCUGCACUUUCUGAGCUGAUCAAGUUGGCCUUUGUGCUAGAAUUCAAUGAGGAAGCAGUUGAUUUUUUGAUGAAGUCCAAGAAUUUGCAAAUCUUCAUUGAGGAUGAAGAGUUUCUCAAUUCUACCUUCCCUUCUUCCACCUAGGCAUGGUAUGAAACAUUUGCGGUAAUGUUUGGUUUACGUUCUUUAUUUGUUAUCUUUGCAUUAGAAAUUUAUAUAUAGAGGUGGAGAGGAAGGUAAGUCUGUCAAUGUAAUUUGUUUGUAGUAUCAGUCUGUCAAUAUGUGUUGUGAACUUUAUUUGUGUGCUUUUGUUAAUGGGAUUGUCUUAUGAUUCU